GCCCGGCCACUCGAGACUCGAGAGCGGCACAAUGCCUCCCUCCCUGCACCCUCCCCACCUCCACUUCCACAAGCUCAAGCGCCGCCGCCACCACCCCGCCGCCAUGGCCAAGAAGAGCCUGGCCGCCAUCCUCUACAAGUUCCGCGACGUGCACGCGCGCCCGCCCUCUGCGGCCUCGCCGCCGGCGCCGUCGACCCCGUCCGCGCACUACGCCCAGCGCUGCUACCCGCCGCCGCCGUCCGCGUGGCCCUGGCCGUCGUGCCGGCACCCGCGCACCAGCUCGUUCCGCGGGCCCAAGGACGACGACGCCGCGGUGUUCCGGACCCUGAACAGCGUCUACGACACGACCUCGGAGCAGUUCCUCCGGCGCUCAUCGUCCAUCGAUGUGGCGGCGUGCGUCGACCGGAGCCCCCUGUCGUUGCUCGGAGAGGCCGUUGCCGUCGCGGAGCAGGUGGACGAGGAGGACAAGGAGACGGAGCUGCGUGAGACGGCCGUCGUGCGCGGCAUGCGUUCGGAGAGGCUGUUCUUCGAGCCGGCCGGCGCAGAGUUCUUGCCCAAGAAGCAGAGGUUUCAGGGAGUGACGCCGGCGAGAGGCAAGAACGAGGCGGCCACCGCGGCAGUGGCAGUGGCAGGCGUCAACAGCGAGGAACCAGCGACGACAGACGCGCCGCGCGACAGGGACGAGUCGGCGGCGGAGGCCGUCGCGGCGAAGGGCAGCAGCGCGGUGGUGGUGACAGUGGAGUCCAAGGACCCGUACGGCGACUUCAGGGCGUCCAUGGCGGAGAUGGUGGCGGCGCACGGGCUGCGCGACUGGGAGGCCCUGGAGGAGCUCCUGGCGUGGUACCUCAAGCUCAACGCCAAGGGCGUCCACGCUGCCAUCGUCGGCGCAUUCAUCGACCUUCUCGUGACCAUGCAGCCGCAGGCGUCGUCGCCGCCGUCGCUGCCGUCCCAGUCGCCCUCGUCGUCGUGCAUCACCUUCGAGGAGUACUCCUCGGCAACCUUUGACGAGGAAGACGGCAAGAGCUGAGCUGAGGCCGAGGUGUUCCGUGUUCGCUGUUUUUAAUCUUUUUUUUUCUUGUCUCAUUCAGAGACUGUAGUUUUUUUUUUUUUUGUGAAUUGUUUUGUGCACCUUAUGGAAGAAUGGAAGGUGAGGCCUGAAUGCAGCCAUGGUGGAUGUACAGUUGCUAAAACUAGUUGAUGCUGACCAUCAGAAUAGAUUAAUGCCUAGACAACUAAUUGACCAUAUUUUAUUUUC